UCAGAGUGACGGACUCGUUUAGUUUCCUGUUUACGUCUUAAAUUCCUCCCCAUUCACCAACCGCAGUGUUUGUAGUGCUGUUUAGUUCGUUAUUUCUGUCUAUCUGUGUGUGUUCCUGUCACCGUGACCAUGCAAGCCAUGAGGAACUUUUUUAGACCAUGGUCAUCUAAUGUCAAGUUGGAUGGCAAAACUGUAGUGAUUACUGGUGCUAAUACUGGGAUUGGCAAAGAGACUGCCAUUGAUUUGGCCAAAAGAGGUAUGCGGGUCAUCAUGGCCUGUAGAGAUAUGCAGAAAGGUGAUGCGGCUCUGAAAGAGGUCAUAGAAGUUUCUGGGAAUCAGAAUGUUAUCUGCAAAAAACUUGACCUGUCCGACUCCAGCUCCAUCAGAGAAUUUGCCCAGAAUAUCAAUAGUGAGGAGAAACAACUCCAUAUCCUGAUUAACAAUGCUGGGGUGAUGGUAUGUCCAUAUGGUAAAACAGUAGAUGGUUUUGAGAUGCAAAUCGGAGUCAACCACAUGGGUCAUUUCCUCCUGACCUUUCUAUUAAUCGACCUGCUUAAAAGAUCAGCUCCAGCUCGGAUAGUCACUGUGUCGUCUAUGGCACACAAGUGGGGGACCAUAAAUCUGGAUGACAUUAACAGUGAGAAGAGCUAUGAUAAAUCAAAAGCUUAUAGCCAGAGCAAACUGGCUAAUGUGCUCUUCACUCGCUGCUUAGCCAAGAAACUACAGGGUACGGGUGUGACGACCUAUGCUCUUCACCCUGGUGUAGUGCAGACAGAACUGUGGAGGCACCUGAAUGGACCUCAACAGGCAGUCAUGUGGUUGAUCAAGCCCUUUACUAAGACUUCAAUACAGGGAGCUCAAACCACUAUCUACUGUGCAGUAGCUCCUGAACUGGAGACGGAGAGCGGCAGCUAUUACAGUGACUGCGCACCUGCAAGUUGCUCUAAUGCAGCUAUGGAUGAUGACAUGGCACAGCGACUCUGGGACCUUAGCUGUCAGAUGCUCAAAAUAACAUGGGACUAAAUCUGCUAACUGACGUUUUUGUAAUGCAGAAGGCUCAGUAGAGUUUCCCAAUAGAGAAUUAAAGUGCCUGAGACGUGGCUUGAUUGCAAUGAUUUGUGCAUGUUGGUGUUUUUCUUUUGAAAGAGGAAGUCUGGGAGGGAGUGUGUUAAUGGGUUUGACUUGUACACUACAACUUCUAAUGAAUCUUAACAAGUAUUAAUUACCACUAAAACACACUCCCCUCCCCCCUCCAUUUUUUUUUUCCUGAAUAUCUAUAAGAUCUUUAACUUAAUGACAUGCUCUUUAUACUUCUGAUUGAAAUGUAUAGACCUGACCAUGCAGGAUCUAUAUCAUAUUAACAAUAACAUCAUAUUAACAAUAACACAAGUGAAAAGUGGAAUCUUGCAAAUAAAUCUUUACAUUUCUUA